AUGACACUUGAAUUUGAAACGUUCAGACUGUCUCCUCACCAUCGAGAAGACCUUUUAAACUUGAGCCACCAACUGAUCCAAUCAACUUCUCCGUCCAUGGGGUCGUAUUUGGUCGCCAAAAAUCAACCAAAACAGCUCCAAUCGAUGAUUUCUCUCCUUCUCGGAUGUGAUAGCUCCGACGACCUCAACAAGUGCAGCCACUUGAACUGCAAGUUCCUCCAUACGAAGUCAAAGCCAACACUACCGAUAAAAAAGCAGUGA